GCCCGGCCCGAAGCCUCAGCAGCCCCGGCGGGCCGAGGAGAUGCGGCGAUGACGACGUCGGCCCUGCAGAAAGCGAUUGAUUUGGUGACCAGGGCGACUGAGGAAGACAAAGCCAAGAACUAUGAGGAGGCCCUGCGGCUGUACCAGCAUGCGGUGGAGUACUUCUUGCAUGCCAUCAAGUAUGACGCUCACAGCGACAAGGCCAAGGAGAGCAUCCGAGCGAAAUGCGCACAGUACCUGGACCGGGCUGAGAAGCUGAAGGACUAUCUGCGGAACAAGGAGAAGCAGAGCAAGAAGCCGGUCAAAGAAGCCCAGAAUGACAGCAAGGGGAGCGACAGUGACAGCGAAGGAGACAAUCCGGAGAAGAAGAAACUGCAGGAGCAGCUGAUGGGGGCCAUUGUGAUGGAGAAGCCCAAUGUGCGGUGGAAUGACGUGGCUGGCCUGGAGGGGGCCAAGGAGGCCCUGAAAGAAGCUGUCAUUUUGCCCAUCAAGUUUCCUCACCUGUUCACAGGUAAGCGCACUCCGUGGCGAGGGAUCCUCCUUUUCGGCCCUCCUGGCACAGGGAAGUCCUACUUGGCCAAAGCCGUGGCGACUGAGGCCAGCAACUCCACCUUCUUCUCCAUCUCCUCUUCGGACCUGAUGUCCAAGUGGCUGGGGGAGAGUGAAAAGCUGGUGAAGAACCUCUUUGAGCUGGCUCGGCAGCACAAGCCUUCCAUCAUCUUCAUAGACGAGGUGGACUCCCUGUGCGGCUCCCGCAAUGAGAACGAGAGCGAAGCCGCCCGCAGGAUCAAGACGGAGUUUCUAGUGCAGAUGCAGGGUGUUGGGAAUAACAACGAUGGCAUCUUGGUCUUGGGGGCCACCAACAUUCCCUGGGUCCUGGAUGCUGCUAUUCGCAGAAGAUUUGAGAAGCGCAUUUACAUCCCCCUGCCUGAGGAGCCGGCCCGGGCCCAGAUGUUUAAGCUCCACCUGGGGAACACCCCUCACAGCCUUGCAGAAGCCGACAUCCACAAGCUGGCCUGCAAGACCGACGGCUACUCUGGCGCCGACAUCAGCAUCAUCGUGCGCGAUGCCCUCAUGCAGCCGGUCCGCAAGGUGCAGUCGGCCACGCACUUCAAGAAGGUUUGUGGGCCUUCCCGCACGACUCCUGGUGGGAUUGUGGAGGACCUGCUGACCCCGUGUUCCCCCGGAGACCCUGGUGCUAUUGAAAUGACGUGGAUGGAGGUGCCUGGCGACAAGCUUAUGGAGCCCGUCGUGUGCAUGUCGGACAUGCUGCGUUCUCUGGCCACGACCCGUCCCACCGUCAACGCGGAGGACCUUCUGAAGGUGAAGAAAUUCACAGAAGACUUUGGCCAGGAGGGCUGAAGCUUUUUGCAGGGGCAACAGCGGGGGGCGGGGGGGUGUCGGCCCCAGGCCCGAGUGUAGGAAGCCUUUUCUGCCGAUGGCGGGCAGUGCCAAGCAGAGGGGAGCACCCAGCUUGUACUGCGCCCGUCUGCACUUUGGGCCCCUGUUCAGCUGUGGAGCAAAGAGGAGGGAGGCACCAUGCGGAAGACUAGACCCGGUCCUGCCUGACUCUUCCUUCCGGGCCUCGGGCUUUUUCUCUUCUCUUGCUCAGUCUCUUUUUAAUUUAUGCUGCUUGGUUCUGUUUCUGUUAAGUAAAAACCAUCCCAAAGCUCUGCCGUGCCCCCUAGUCCUUUUCCUGAGGCCCCUUUUGGGCUGGUACUUUAUCCCCCCCCGCCCCAAGAAGAGGACUGGACUGGGGUGGGGAGCAGGCUGUUGCUGCCUGCUGGGAAUGCUGUGCUGUGCGGUUUGCACUGGACUUGUCAGCCCAUCUGCCCCUUUCCCCCUGUGGCUGGGGCAGCUGGAGCAGACCAUGAUGGCCACCCUGCUUCAGAGUGCUGCCUUAGUGGCACUAAGGGAAAUGCUCCGCGGGGAAGCCUGCAGCCCUGCUCCAGGAAGCUCCACCGGCUCCUCCAAGGAAAGCGGCCAGGCUGGGAAUGCAGUGUAAGAUGCAGAGCCCGGAGGGGUCCUUCUUUUGCCAGGCCCACCAGUUGCAGGUUUGGGGGAAUCCCCGCCCUGUGUGGCUUCUCAGCCUUCUCAUGUUUGGAUCUUCUGCAAGCCAAGGAGCCCCCGGGUGCCUUCGUCUCCCACCUGGGGCGGGGGAAGAGGAGGGUUGUCCUGUCCUGCUCCCCACUGUGGCCUUCUGCCGUAACUGACUGGCGAGUGGCAUUCCCCAGGCAACAUUCUGUUGGAUGGCUGCUGCCUUGUCCUGUAGUUGCCCAGCUGCUCUCAGGCUGGACUGGCUCUAGUCUGCAUUCUUAAGGGGGGGGGGCUGAGGGAAGCCCCUGCUGACUGGUUGGGGGAACCAGGGGCUGCGUCCGCAGAGCCACCUUUCCCUUUCUUGGCCCAUGUACAUAAUUUUAGUUGAUCCUUGUGUGGGAAAAGGGACAGUGUGUGGGGGAAAUAAAACGUUGACAACA